UUCUUCCUCCGCGGCGGCAUCACAACCCAAUCCAAUCCAAACUGCAGCGAGGCCAGCCAGGAUCCUCCUAUCCGUUCCUCCCGCCGCUUCGGCCAUGGCGCCACCAACCGCCGCCUCGGCCUCCGCCUCCGCCUCCGCCUCCGCCUUCCUCUUCCUCUCCCCGCCGCGAAGCCGGAGCCACCUCAAGCCCAGGCCCAGGCCCAUCGCCACCAUCCUAUGCUCCUCCGCCACCUCCUCCUCCACGCGCUCCCUCUCCGAGCAGCUCGAGCCGCUCACCCGCACGCUCCUCCACGACAAGCCCACGCCGAUCGCCGCCGACCGCCCCACCCCGGAGCCCACCUGGGUGAACCCCUCCCGCCCCAAGCCCACCGUCCUCUCCCUCCGCCGCCAGCGCCGUCGCUCCCCCUCCGCGCACCCAUCCUCCGCCCCGCUCCAGCCGCUCCUCCGUGCCAUCCGCGCGCUGCCCGAGGACGCCGACCUCGCCGCCACCCUCGAUGCCUUCUUCCCGCAGGGCUCCCCGCCCUCCCCCUCCGACGCGCUCCUCCUCCUCAACUACCUCCACCCGUCGUGGCGCAAGUCGCUCUCCCUCCUCGCCUGGCUCCGGGCGCUCCCCAGCGCCGCCUUCCCGCUCGACACCAUCUUCUUCAACGUCGCGCUCAAGUCGCUCCGCGCCGCGCGCCAGUGGCCGCACGCCGAGCGCCUCGCGCUCGACAUGCUCGACGCCGGCGUCCCCCUCGACAACAUCACCUACUCCACGCUCAUCACCGCCGCGCGCCGCUGCCGCCACUUCGCCAAGGCCGUCGAGUGGUUCGAGCGCAUGUACGCCGCCGACGGCGUCCUCCCCGACGAGGUCACCUACUCCGCCGUCCUCGACGUCUACGCGCAGCUCGGCAUGAAGGAGGAGGUGCUCGCGCUCUUCGACCGCGCCAGGGGCAGCGGCUGGAAGCCCGACCACGUCGCCUUCGCCGUCCUCGCCAAGAUGUUCGGGGAGGCCGGAGACUACGAGGGCAUCCAGUUCGUCUUCAAGGAGAUGCAGGAGGUCGGCAUCAAGCCCAACAUCUUCGUCUACAACGCGCUGCUCGAGGCGCUGGGCAAGACCGGCAAGCCUGGCCUCGCGCGCAACCUGUUCGACGAAAUGACCGCCCAGGGCGUCGAGCCCAAUGCGCGCACGCUCACCGCGCUUGCCAAGAUCUACGGGAGGGCGCGCUGGGGGCGCGACGCGCUCCAGCUCUGGGAGCAGAUGAGGGAGAUGAAGCUGCCGGCCGAUAACAUCCUGUGCAACACGUUGCUGAGCAUGUGUGCUGACGUGGGGCUGGUGGCCGAGGCCGAGCAGCUGUUCAACGAGAUGAAGGAUCCAGAGUGCCGGGACGUCCCCAAGCCGGACAAGUGGAGCUACACGGCCAUGAUCAACAUCUACGGGAGCAACGGGGACACAGACCAGGCACUCCAGCUGUUUACGGAAAUGCUAAAGGGCGGGAUAGAACCCAACAUCAUGAGCUACACCAUUGUGAUCCAAUGCCUUGGGAAGGCGCAGAGGAUACGGCAGGCAGUGGAGGUGCUUGAGGCGGGGCUGGAGAAGGGCCUCAAGCCCGAUGAUCGCCUCUGUGGGUGCUUGCUCUCUGUUGUCGCUCUGAGCAGCGGGGAGGAGACGGAAGUGGUGCUUUCUUCCCUGGAAAAGGUCAACCAGAACCUUGUCAAGCUGAUCAGAAUGCUCGGUGAAGACCAAGUGGGUGUUGACGAUCUUACAAAGGAGCUAAAGGGUGUGUUGAACGCUGCGGCCCCUGAAGUACGCCGGCCUUACUGCAACUGUCUGAUCGACAUAUGCCAGAACCAUGGCUUCCCUCCUCAGAGGGCAAGAGAAGUCUUCCAGCUUGCCCACACCUACGGUUUGUACUCCAAGCUUCAUAGCAGAAAGGAUGGAGAGUGGUCACUGGAUCUGCGAUCGCUUUCGGUUGGUGCGGCCAAGACAGCAUUCGAUGAUUGGAUGCAGACCAUCUCAGAGCUCUUGGUGCAGCAAAAGGCUUUGCCAGAGUCCUUCAGCGUGUACACUGGGUCCAGCACCCACAAGUUUGCACAGGGGCUGGCAAGUGCAUUCGCGACUCACCUUGAACAAAUGGCGGCGCCAUUCCGUCCAAGCGAGUCUCAUGUUGGAAGCUUCAUCAGUUCAAGGGAUGAUCUGGUCUCAUGGCUGCAGAUGAGCAGUUCGUCAGCGGUCGUUGCUGGAUGACUGAAUGUAGUUUCAAUGGGUUUAGCUGCACGAGGCUACGAGUUCCAAAGCGGGGUUGAAUGAGCAAACUGGAUGAUAUUAGGUUCAUGAUCUGCCUACUUGGACACCCCAUCCACAUGCUCAUGCAUUUGGCGAUAUAUAGGUUGUAGGAAGAGGACUGAAACACAUAAGGAACUUAACUCUUCCAUGCCAUUACAAAGGUAGCACAAAGGGGCACUCUGAAAACAUUGCCUGAUUAUUCAAGCUUAGGCUGGUGGUUUUGUAUCUGAAAUUCGAAUGCCACUUCUUAAAUACCAUUAUAUUAGUGGAGUAGCAUAUUUUCUA